UUAAUUUUUUUUUGUUAUAAUGUUCUUCUAUUUAGUUCUACUCUCCCAAUUCCCAAUUGUAAUAUAAUUUAGUGUAUUCUUAUUAUUUCCUAUUUUUUCCAUUAAAAAAGGUAGUGAAAAGGUUUUGGAGGCAACUUUGUGAGAACUUUUCCUUGAUAAGGCUCCUCUCAAUCAAGCCCUUAUAUAUUUUCCUUCUCUCAUCUUCUGUAUAUACAAGUACUACAAGAUGAAUACUAAGGACACUGCAAAUGAACAACCUGGAGCAGAUGUAGCAACCCUUUUAAAUGAUUGUGCAGAUGAUUCUGCUGAACCGAAAAAGGUGAGUAAAAGAAAGGCAUGUAGAUCUCUCUCAUCAGUGUCAACUAAAAUUUCUAAAUUACAUGGUGAUCCAAAUGAUUUUGGAGACAAUGUUGAGUUAUGUGGUAUGGAUAAUCCUUGUGGAAGUGAGAAUAUUAGAGAAGCAAUUGCUAAAAUGCUUAUAGGUAAUGAGCUCAAUCUUGAAUGUGUGGAGAGUGAAAGAUUAAAGCAUUUUUGUAGAAUCUUAGAACCAAGGUUUAAAGUUCCAUCUCCCGUUAAUGUUCAAGAUGAUUGUUUGAAUCUUUAUCUGAAAGAAAAGAACAAGUUAAAGGAUGUUUUGAUUGAGUCAACUCAAAGUGUUUGCCUAUCUAUAACUACAUUGACAUCUAAGCAAAAGUUGAGUUACAUGGGCCUUGCUGCACAUUAUGUAGAUAGUGACUGGGAAUUGCAAAAGAGAAUCUUAAAGUUUUGUCAAGUUCCAAAUCACAAGGUUGAGACAAUUGGCAAGACAGUUGAUAAGUCUUUAAUAGAAUGGAACAUUAGGAAAAUAUUCACUGUGACAGUCAACAAUGCAAGCUCUACUGAUGGAGUUGUUGCAUACUUGUCCAACAGAGUGACACCAAUUCUGAAGCCUGAGUUCAUGCAAAUGAGAUAUUGCUCCGAUAUUCCAGUUUUAAUUGUCAAAGAUGGUUUGAAAUAUUACCAUGAGUCAAUAUCUAGAAUCCGCAAUGCCAUCAGGUAUGUUACAUCCUCUUCAGCAAGAUUUAAGAAAUUUAAGACUUGUAUUGAACAUGAGAAGAUUAUUUCAGAGAAUUUUGUCUUCUUAGACGUUCCAAACAGUUGGGAAUCAACUUGUCUAAUGUUGAAUGUAGCUGUAGCCUUUGAAAAAGCAUUUGAGCGUUUGGGAAAUGAAGAUACUCAAUUCCGCGAGUUUGUGGAUGGAGAAAGGGCUCCUAGUGACACAGAUUGGAAGAUUGCGCGUGCUUGCAUAAACCUGAAGAAAUUGUAUGAUUCAUCAUUAGUAUUGUUUGAAGACUAUUAUGUGACAUUGAAUCUAGUUGUGGUUCAGGUGGCAUGGAUUAGCAAACGCUUGAAAUCUUGGUGCAACAGUAAAGAUUUGCAUCUAAAGAACAUGGCAUACAACUUAAGGAAAAAAUGUGAGAAGCAUUGGAAAAAUAUGAUCAACCAUGUCAACCCUUUGUUGUUUGUUGCUGUUUUGCUUGAUCCUCGCUACUUGGAAAAGGGUUUAAAAAACAUGUCGCUUUUGAUAUGCGACGAUGAGCUUUUGGCUGAUGAACUGACAAAAAAGGCUAGGAAGACUUUGGAGAAUUUGUAUGAGCAUUAUACAAUGCUUUACUCUACUUCAAAUGGUGAAAAGGAUAUGAAGAAUAUUGACUAUGAUAAACUAAAUUCAUUUGAACACUUUAUGUUAGGUGAAGAUCAAAAGAUAACAGAAUUGGAGAGAUACUUAUCACAGUUUCGUCAUCCUUCCUACAAUGAUUUCAACAUCUUGAUUUGGUGGAAGGUUCAUAGCUUUUGUGAAUGUGAGAUUUUACUUAGGAUAGUAAGAGAUGUGUUUGCCAUUCCUGUUUCUUUUACAUUUUCUGAAACAGAUUGUUGCAGUAGUGAUAUGAUUCUUGACUUAUCUAAUAAUACUUUGUUAUCUUCUAAGACAAUAGAGACACUCAUUUGUGCUAAGAACUGGUUAGACCCUCUUGCAUAGAGAGGAAUUAACUAUGUUCAAAGCUUCUCUUAAGCUUUAUCUUUUUCUUGUAAUGUUUGUCAAAUUUUUGUUUGAAUUAUGGAAACUGCAUGCUUUCCGUUUUGCAUUUCUAAAAUAUAAAAUUUUUACUUUGUUUUAAAA